AUCAUAAUUUUCUAUGAAGUAUGGAUGAGAGGAGAUAUUGGUCCAGAUGGGGUGAGAUUUCCCUCAGAGACGCGUAUCUUCCAUCCCAGUGGUCAGUACAACCCCCGUCCGACCCAGAGCCCGCAGGAGAAUGCUCUCCCACCACCUGCUACUGAGUACAUACUCACUGGACUGGUUCCAUUUACCGUGUAUGAGUUUCAGGUAUUGGCAGAAAACAGUGCUGGUAAGGCUGCAAGUCCCUGGGUGUCAGGCAGAACAGGGGCCACAACUCCUUUAUCUACUCCAGCUCCCACAGUUGUAGGAUUCAGUCCUUUCUCUCUCAACAUCUCUUGGUACGCCCCUACAGACGACCAGUCAAGGGGGAUAAUCAUAGAAUAUAGGGUUUAUUACUACAUGGAGACAGAUCUGUCAGAAUCUCCUCAUGCUCCGCCCUUUAUGUGGUCACUAGUGGCAACACAAAGCCCAGAUACAAUGUAUUACAUCCUUGGAGGUUUGAGUCCCUACACGGAACAUACAUUAAUGGUUGAGGCAUGUAAUUCAGUUGGGUGUGUAAACAGUACAGAAAGCACAGGAUAUACUAACCAGGACAUACCAGAAGGACUGGAGAAGCCAUUGGUGGAUGGUUUGAACUCUUCUGCUAUGGCGGUUGUGUGGAAUCCACCAGCCUUUCCCAAUGGACCUGAACCAUAUUACACCAUACAGAAAACCAUACCUGCCUUGAGUUACCCACCUCAAGUAAUCAGCGGAACAAGAUUCCCAGGUGGAGGAUACUAUCUCUUCCCGCCAGACACUAUUCCUCCAAAUGUUGAUUUUACAGGAAUAAGGUUUUGGUUCCGGACUAGGAAAAAGGAAGGGUUAUUGUUGUUUGCUGCAUCGGAGGGUCAGCAAAGUGAGUUUGUUGCCCUCCAGUUCAAACAUGGCAGGCCAUGGUUCCUCUUUGACCCGCAAGGGUGUGCCUCAUUUGUGACAACAAACAAUGACGAGGGUUUGCUCUACAGCGAUAAUGUUUGGCAUCAGUUGGUGGCGUGGAGAGAUGAAAAUAUUGCUUAUAUAGCCAUCGAUAAUGUCUGGACAGGUUCUCGGACAAGCAGAUGUGCAAAAGGCACAAUCAUAGGCCCAAAUACUGGCGUGUACAUAGGCGGACUACCAGCUGAUUUCGAGCUUAGGCGUGCAAACAAUAAAGAUCAGAGACUUAAGAUAAUAGACCAGAGUUUCCAGGGCUGUAUACGAGACAUACAGAUUAUGCAGCAGAAGUAUCCCAUGGAGAUUUGGAAGACUUUGGACUGGAACGAUGCCAUACAUAAUGAACUGGCUUUCCUCAACUGGGAAGGCUGCCCCAUUAAUCUGGAUAAAGGAAUACAUUUCAUGGGACAAGGGUAUGCCAGGCUUCCUGCCGAUAAUAAUCUUCAGGUAGGAAACAAAAAGAGGAUCACGUUUGGUUUCCGGACACAAAUGCAUACUGGGAUACUCUUCUUCUCUUACGGUGGUAUCGGCAUUUACUACUUCUGUGCAAUGAUCAAUGGAGCAGUCCAUUUUGAGUUUGCGAAUAGACUGCUGGCUGGCUCAGUCACAUUUAGUAAACAAGGGGUGAAUUUCUGUGACAGCAAGUGGUACAUAAUCACCUUGGAGAAGAUAGGCCAGCAGGCUACGAUAACGGUUGAUGGUAUUGGUUCCGAGACUUUCGGAAAUCCGAAUAUGGAACUGAAUGUGUUGACUUCAUCAGAGUUUUAUGUGGGAGGAGUACCGCUGGAGUCGGAAGCCCAUGAGUAUAUAGUGAAUAACAAGCUUGCUCUUCCAGUAGCAGCUUUUGGUGGCUGCAUUAAGGACUUGACAUUUGAUAAUUUUGGACCAAGAUCUGAUGAUGAUUAUACACCCAAUUUCUUGGAAGACAUUAUUGAAGUUGCUAACGUGAACAUGGACGGCUGCACACCAUAUCACGUGCAUGCAGACCAGUGCAAGGACGAUCUUAUCACGGAGGUGUACAAUGGCACAGCUUUGCAGGUGUAUGAUGUUGGACUCCAUUCGUACACUGAUUACCUGUACAGAGUAGUGGCUACAAAUGAUGCUGGCGCAGGAAAAAGUCUUUGGGGAUACGGCAGAACUAAAGAAGGCUCCCCUGUGGGAGUGACUGCACCAUAUGAAGUGUACCAUUAUAAUGGCUAUCUGGUAAAGUUCAAGUGGUUAGCUCCGGUCAGUACCUCGGGUUUGAUGACCAAGUUUGUCCUGCAGGCCUAUAAUCUUGACAAUGAAACCAUACCCCCUGUGGAAGCUAUAUUCACUAAUACUUCAAAGAGAGAAGGAAACAUGACAGGAACUAUUCCAUUUACAAGUUACAAUGUUAAGAUGGUUGCUUGUACCUCUGGUGGAUGUUCAGUGAGUCCUGAUGGACUGGUGAUAAAGACAAACGAGGAAGUUCCGGAACAUGUUCCAGCUCCGAGAGGGGAGUCUGGACCCAAGAAUAUCUAUGUUACAUGGGACCCUCCUGCAGCCCCAAAUGGGCUGCUGACAGGGUACUUCCUAUAUAUGGAUGGGGCAUUGGUGUAUACAGGGGCUGGCUCUGCCUUCAAUGUAACCAAUGAAUUAAGGGAGUACACGUCAUAUGUGUUCUACCUGAAGGCUUGCACCCAGGUCGGAUGUACUCAGGGACCUUCGGCUACACUCAGUACCGCUCAGCUUAGGCCAAAGUUUGUCGGUGCCCCAGUUCUUACAGCACUAGGUACAUCCACUGUUGAAGCACGUUGGGAAACCCCUGAUCAGUUGAAUGGUAUACUAGAACGCUACAUGUUGUACCAGUCCACAAUAGAGGGAGAAGUUGGGACUGUUAUAUACAACAAUUCUGACUUGUUCCUCGACUACACGAUCACUGGUCUCACUGCCGGCAGUACCUACUACAUAACACUCUCGGCAUGUACUGGUGGAGGCUGUACAAUGAGUGAAGCAACAGAAAUCACAACAGCAGAGAGUGCUCCAGCUCUGAUACAGCCCCCAAUAGUAACAUCCCCCAGCCCGUCACAGCUACAUGUGGAGUGGGAUGAGCCUGGUUUACCGAAUGGAAGGAUAACUCAGUACCAGUUAUUUCAUAAUGAAAUACCGAGAUAUGUAGGACUCAACAUGUUCUACGAUGUCGGAGGACUAACCCCUUACAGCAAACACGUCUUCAGGGUGGUGGCCUGUACCAGAAGUGGUUGUAGUUCUAGCAAGCAGACAAAGGCUUAUACCCAGGAGUCCCAGCCAGAGGGUUUUGUAACAAUGGAUUUGAGAGUAGAAGAUGCAAGAACAGUCAGUGUGAAAUGGACAGUACCAGAAAAACCCAAUGGAAAUAUGUUCUUUGAUGUCUAUUUUGAAGGAUUAUUUUAUACUGACAUAGAUGCUUGGGACUACAGUACUAUCCACACUCGACGUAGUUUGAAUCGUUCUCAGCUGUACAAUGAAUGGGUAACGAUAACCUCACUGAUCCCAAUGUCUACAUACAGUGUACAAGUGAAUGCUUCAAACACUGUGGGAUUUAUACUCGGAAAUGUCAUGUCUGCUGAUAUGCCUCCUGGCUCCCCAGAUGGAGUGAAGCCCCCUGCCCUGCUGUCACAGACCCCUACCACAAUAACAGCGACAUGGAUCAGUGUGGGCAGGGAGAAUUCCCUUGAUACUGCCAACUUUAUCCUUCAGUUCAGGGAGAAAGUUGAAGGAGCUCUAGUUGCAGACAUAUUUGGACCAACAACUUCAUUUACCUACACCAUGGAAAAUCUUGUUGCCUACAAAGAGUAUGAGUUUAGACUGGUCGCCGAAAAUUCCAAUGGGUUAACAAGAUCAGACUGGGUCACUGCAACCACAAGACAAGAUCGUCCAGUGGGUUUCAGUGCACCAAGAGUUGUUGGUAUUGGACCACGAUAUAUUGAUCUAGUAUGGACAGCCCCACUUACACCAAAUGGUAUAAUAACAGAAUACAAGGUCUACCAGAAUGGUGAAUACAGGGUUUCAAUGUCAGGAAACGUUACUCAGUUCCGUGCUGAUAAACUCAAACCCUACACCUACUAUGCAUUUGUAGUGGAAGUUUGCACAGCAGGCGGUUGUACUAGAAGUUCACAGACAAUACCAGAAAGAACCAAGGAAGAUUAUCCUGAGAAUGUUUUAGCCCCAUCUGCAGUUUCACUGACCCCUGCCUCAGUUGAACUCACCUGGGAACCGCCUGCUGAUCCAAAUGGAGUGAUCUCCUUUUACACACUGGAGCGCCGCCUGGCGGGCAAAGUUGCUACAACAGUAGUGGUGUCAUUGAGUGCCGAUUCAGAACUGAAAUAUGUUGAUGAAGAUAGUAGCCUGACACCUCAUGUGGAAUAUGAAUACAGGCUGAUGGUGAGCAACGGGGUUGGAGAUGCUGUCAGUCCCUGGACUGCUGUAACAACCAUGUCCUCAAGACCAGCUGGUGUCACACCACCAAAAGUUCAAAUAAAGGGACCAGAAGUAAUGACAGUAACCUGGGACCCACCCCUGCAGCCUAAUGGUGUCAUAGAGUUCUACACAGUACGUCUGCCUAUGCCUCAAGUAGAGAUACGCAAUAUCUCUGUCAGGUCGGUGACCUUUGAAGAUCUGCUACCAUACACAGAAUAUACGGUCACAGUCACAGCUUGUACAAGCGGAGGUUGUACUCAGAGCUAUCCACUAAGUGUCCGAACACACGCCACGGUGCCGGAGGGCCAGCUUGCCCCUGUUACAACCCCAGUUUCUCAGACAAUGAUCUCCAUAGUGUGGCAGGGACCAGAAAGGCCCAAUGGACCCAACAUAAGAUACGAGUUAUCCAGGCUUCUUCUCAGGGUACCGCUAGAUCCUGCUGUGGAUACCAGUAAUGAAGUAUGGAGAAGAAUUUUCUCUGGAACCGGAACAUUCUUCGAGGACCGUGGUCUUCCUAUGUAUUCUACGUAUCAGUACAGAGUUACAGUGUUUAAUGACAUUGGUCAAUUAACUAGUGACCCAUCCCCAGAGGUUACAACUUUUGGAGGCUUCCCAAGGAGGGCAGCUAAAGUAACAGCCAUACCUGUCAGCCACAGAAUUGUGGGCGUGUCUUGGGAAACUCCUGAUGAAGUAAACCUUCAAGGCAGUGUAAAGUCAUACACAGUGAAACUGUUCAGUAGUAUGAAAAACUAUAGCCAGGAGUUUGGACCUGAUGUGAAUGCUACUUCAUUCAGAGAUUUGAACCCAAAUACACAGUUCUAUACCACAGUUACUAUUACUAUACAUGGUGGAGCAUACAUUACCAGUGACCCAGUGUAUGUCACAACAAUGGAUGGAGCACCGGAGGGUGUAGAUACGCCUACACUGAGCAUUGUUAGUGAGGCAGCAAUUCGGGUUUCCUGGAUGGCCCCUCAGAAAGCUAACGGGGAUAUAACUGGCUACAAUAUUUACAACAAUAAUGAGAAGACAGAAACAGGGCUGGUAUUACCAGGGUCAUAUGUUCUAACUGGGCUACAGCCAUACACUGUCUAUGAAAUUCAGCUGGAAGUGUGCACUGUAUUUGACUGUGUGAAGAGUGAUACAGUUCUUGGCUCCACCUUAGAAGCAUUGCCUCAGAGUCUUGGCUCCCCUAGGGUACAACCACUGAGCCCACAUCAGAUUGAUGUGGUAUGGAAAGCCCCACUGCAGCCCAAUGGUAUCAUUCUGAGAUAUGACCUGUAUAGGAGGACCAUCAGGCAAUGUUCAGAAAUCCCACUAGUGACAGUGAGUCCUGAGCUGAUGAAAUGCACCUAUAUCCAGUGUGGUAUUCUCCAAAACCUUUGUGGGUCCACCUGCUACUCUGGUGCAAAAGUUUGUUGUGAUGGUAUUCUGCAUGAAAGUCAAGAAGACUUUGCAUGUUGUGGAAAAGAAUAUGCCAAAAUGUCUGAUAAAAGUGAUGUCUGCUGCGGAGGAAAGUUCCAUCCAUACAAACAAAACUAUCAGUGCUGCAGUGGCAGAUACGAGAUGGUGAUGCCGGGAGAGAUUUGUUGUCCUGACAACAAUGAAGAUCGUGUAGCUAUUGGUAAAGGAGACAGUUGUUGUGGUACUGUACCAUAUUACACAAGUGGUUCUCAGACAUGCUGUGCAGGGCAACUGUAUGAGAGAUAUGAGAAGCAGUGUUGUGGAAAAGAAGUUGUAAGUGACACCAUGAUGUGUUGUGGGGGUGAGGUCAAUGGACACGCCUAUGCUAAAAGGAAUGGAAUGUCUUGCUGUGGACAACAGUACAUCAGUGAGGACACAACCUUGUGUUGUGCUAGUGAUACUGGGCAUAUAAAGGUACAUCACUAUGGCAGUGCGGAAGAGAAGACUUCAGCCAAUGAGAAGUGUUGCGGCAUAGAGACAAUAUCCAAUGGGCUAAGCUGUUGCAACUUUGUUGGAUACAAUCCUGUCUCUCAGUUCUGUGCUGAUAUUUCACAUCAGCAGUCAGGGUGUGGUUCAGGCACAGUUUGUCCAAGGAUGCUCAAAGACUCCGCUUUCUGUGACCAGUGUGAUUUUGAUCCCUAUACCUACAUGUGUGGUUCAGUGAAAGGAUAUAUCAGUGAGAAGCCCACACCUGCCCCACCCGACCCCUCAGAUGACUGUGUGGUGAAUGAGGAGAAGAUUUACUCAGGACUUAAUACUAACUUCUUUGAUGAUGGUCUGGUACCCUUCUCCCUGUACGAGUAUUCAGUGGCAGUGGUAAACAGUGCGGGAACCACUCAGAGUGAUUAUACGUUAACAAAGACCCUACAAGCGACGCCAGAAGGACUGUUGGCCCCAAAUGCUACCCUUGAUCCCAAACAGUUGUAUAUGAUCUUCCUUACAUGGGAAGCACCUGAACAACCAAAUGGUGAGAUCCUGAGAUUCAUUCUAGUAAGAGAUGGUAUAGAGUUGUACCGGGGCUUGGACCUGGGGUACACUGAUGAUACAACCAUUCUACCAUACAGAUCCUACACCUACUUACUGACAGCAUGCACUGUGGCAGGAUGUGUAACAAGUCCUUCAAUCACAGUAGCCACUGCCCAAGCAGCACCAGAAGGGGUUUACGCCCCUAAAUUUGAGAUAUUGAAUUCUACAGCCUUGUUGGUGUCCUGGGCUAGUCCAGAUAUUCCCAAUGGAAUCAUUGCAGAAUACAAGAUACAUUUUGUGGGUGGCCACCAUCAUACUGUCUACAACACAACAGAUCUCUCAAUGGUCAUAGCAAAUCUGCUUCCUUAUACCAGAUACAAUGCUACACUAUCAGCAUGUACUGAGGUCGCAUGCACUAACAGCAGUCUGAUAUCUAUCCUCAUGCCAGAAGCUGCCCCUGAAGGAGUAUAUCCUCCUGAAGUGAUAGUAAAAAGUUCUACCUCAGUCGAUGUGUACUGGUCCCCACCUUCAAAACCUAAUGGUAUCAUUGUGUUUUACGCCUUGCUGCGGUCAGAUGUGAAUAACCAAAUCCAUGUAUUUCUUGGAGAAAACUUUCAUGUGACUGACUACAGCCUGUUUCCUGGUAAAACAUACAUGUACUUCAUAACAACUGGAACAAAGGCAGGAAAUACAAGUAGUGAGGCGAGCGCAAUUACCAUGCCGGAUAAUACGCCUAUAAAUAUUCCGGAACCAGAAAAUGUGACAGUUGUUAGUGCAACAGAAAUAUUUGUCCAAUGGGAGGCUAUUCCCCCGUCUGAUGGUGUGAUAGAUCAGUACAGAGUGUUGUUAAAUGCUGGGCGCCACCCUGCAGUUGACAGAGGUGUUGGUUUAGAUAUAGAAGUAAGAAUUACAAACCUCAUGCCAUUUACGGAAUAUGAAGUUCGGAUACAGGCUUGUUUACAAGGUGUUCCUAAUGGUUGUGGUACAGGCCCAGGUGUGAUUGUUAAAACAUAUGAAUCUGCUCCUAGGUCACUUGAAGCUCCUGUUACAUCUGCAGUUGGACCAAAUAUAAUAGACAUUGAUUGGAAGCCGCCAGAGUUUCCAAAUGGCAUCAUCACUCAGUAUCUUGUAUAUUAUAGAGAAGCUGGGUCGUCCGUACAACUUCUGAUAAACAGAGUUAAUAACAUUACCUUUCAUAUACGUCAUGCUGGUUCGGAACUCACAGCUUUUACAGAAUAUGAACAUAAAGUUGUGGCCGGGAACUCACAGGGAGAUGUUUCAAGCCCUUGGAGCCUUGUUCGUACCAAAGCAGCUCCACCUGAAGCAUUACCUCAACCUUUUGUGACGGUAUUGGGUGCAUUUUCUGUUAACCUAAAAUGGGUUCACCCAGCAAAACAAAAUGGCAUUAUUAAUAUGUAUAUCAUUACAUACAAAAAGACUUUAAAUGAUCCAACAGUUCCUGAAAAAACAGAAACUGUAAUAGUUGAUGGGGCAGUAACCCAAACAUCUAUUAGUGGCCUUCAGCCUUAUUCAGAAUACAAGUUGAGACUGACAGCGUUUAACUCAGCGGGAAACAUAUCAAGCAUUUGGACUACUUUCAGAACAGGUGAGUCAUCACCCUCAGGACUUGGACUGUUUGAUAUUGAAAGACUUCAAUCUGGACUAGCUGUAAUACUACGCUGGGGGGCACCUGUUGAUCCAAAUGGUAUUGUAACAACAUAUAGAAUAUAUGAGGAAGGAUCUUCAGUGGCUGUGUUCCAGGGCUUGAACCGUGAGUUUGAGCUGAGAAGACUUGAGCCAUACCAGGAGUACUCUGUACAGCUUGAAGCCUGUACGUCUGCUGGAUGCACAAAAAGUUUCAGUCAGUCUUUCUUUACCUCUGAGACAAUGCCGGUAAGCCAGAAUGCUCCUGUGAUGGGAGAAGUUACCCAUAAUUCUGUGACAAUAACCUGGACCCCUCCAUCCAAAGCGAAUGGGAAGAUAAUUUUGUAUGAGGUAUACAGACGCACUAACACAAGAAUACAGAAAAGGUCCAUUAGUGAUGCUGUAGUUGUUUAUAGGACAACAUCUACAGAGGGAGACUCAUUUACUUACACUGACUCAAAUCUGCAACCAUUUACUGAGUACCAGUAUAGCAUCAAGGCCAGUAACUCUAAAGGUAGCACAGCCAGCCCAUGGCAAUCUGCAUUUACGAGCCAGGCACCUCCUGAAGGUGUACAACCACCAAAAGUUAGUCUGGUUCCUGAUCAAGUAGAUGCUUUACAUAUAACUUGGCAUAUACCAGACAGACCCAAUGGAAUUAUACAAAGCUACCAACUGCAAAGAAAUGAUUCAAUCCCUCUUAGUUUCACUGCAAUAGAAGAGAAGAAAUAUAUAGACACAGAACUUAUAGCUUUUACAUACUAUAAAUAUACCAUAACAGCAUGCUCUGGUGGUGGUUGUACAACAAGUGAACCAACAAUUGCUAGAACAAAGGAGUCAGCGCCUCUAAAAGUUUCCCCACCCACCUUGUUUGCUGUAAAUUCCACGUCUUUGAGAGUUACCUGGCAAAGGCCACAGAUAACAACAGGGGAGGUAAGUGCUUACCAGCUUCAUAUGAAUAGCAUAGUGGUCUAUGAGGGCAUGGAAUUUCAGUAUGUCGUCACCGGAUUGAUUCCAUUCACUGACUAUACUUUUAAACUGACAGCGUGUACAACGGGAGGCUGUACCGACAGUGGAUAUAUGACCGGAAAAACAGAUGAUGAUGUUCCAAAAAACAUGUCACCAGCAAUUCUCAGAGUCAUGAGCUCAUCUUCGAUAGAAAUUUCUUGGCAGGAGCCAGAAUAUCCUAAUGGUGUCAUUACUUCAUAUGAUGUCAGACGGAAUGAACGACUUGUCUACACAGAGAGUGUAAGUGUAUCAGGAUCCCUUAGAACAACAUACACGGACUACAAUCUGGAGCCAGGAGUGGAGUAUUCUUAUGUUGUUCUAGCCAGGAACCGCAAGGGAAGUGUUGAAAGUCCACAGUCUUUAGCAAGGACAUGGGCCUCAUCUCCUAGUGGCCUUGACCCUCCAAUAUUGUCAGCAGUUUCUGCAACAUCAAUCCAAGUCAGCUGGACCAUGCCAGCAAGCCCAAAUGGACUGAUUAAAAACUACACAGUGUACAAAGAUGCUGAGAUUGUUUAUGCCGGAGGACCAACACAGAUGAACUACAUUGUACCAGGUCUUCAGUUUUGGACUGAAUACACAUUCCGGGUCCAGGCGUGCACAGAGAGAGGUUGUGCUCUAAGUACUGGUGCUACUGGGCGCACCCUUACAGCGCGACCAGAGGAACAAGCCUCGCCUUCUUUACUUGCUCUAGCCAAUCAGGAUGGAGCACAUGCUGGUGUGCUUAUAGAAUGGGAUCCUCCGCUGAAACCAAAUGGCAUAAUACAGAGAUAUGAAGUUUACCGCCGACAAGUUAUUGAAUUAUCAACAGGUAUUUCCUAUGGAUUGACAAAGCUUGUGUACAAUGGAAGUCAGCAGACGUACACAGACAGGGGGACUGAACUGUUACCAUACACCAAGUAUGAGUAUAUGGUCACUGCUGUAAACACUGUAGGCAAGGUGAAUAGCCUGUGGAAAUCUGUCAUGACCAAAGAGGCCCCACCAGACACUGUGCCUGCUCCAGCUAUAGAAAAAAUAACAGCAACGACAAUUACAGUAAAGAUCAGUCCACCAACAGAAGCAAAUGGUGUGGUCAGAUAUUAUAAUGUUCUUGUCAAUGAAACAUUGUAUAGUACUGGUAAAAAUCUGCAGCAGACGGUUGGGGAGACUGUGCCACUGUUACCAUACAGAUUUUAUGCCGUCACAGUCCAGGCAUGCACUUCAGGGGGCUGUAGAACCAGUCCACAUGUUAUUGUGCAGACUGGGUCAGCAAAACCUGUAGGCCAGGAACCAGUCAAGAUGCUUAGUGUGAAUAGUACAGCAGUGAAGUUAGCAUGGGAACAUCCUACUAGCCCCAAUGGAGUGAUCAGAAAAUUUACUCUGUAUCAACGUAAAGCAUGCCCACCUAUGGCACAACCAUUCAAACAGUCAUGUAACAAUGGGGACCCAGAGAUUAUAUAUGAAGGAAUGUUUAUAGAGAAAGUUGUAUCAAGUCUGACUCCCUACACAGCCUACGAGUUCCAGGUUAUUCCAGUUAAUGAUGCCGGCCCUCUAGACUUCCCAGUAUGGGUUAGAGUGGAGACUACCUCAAUAGUACCACAAUACAAAAGGUACCCAGUUUUGGAAAAGAAUGAUUCUCAAGCUGUGGUAGACUGGACUGGUUCCUUUGUUUUGAAUGGUCGUCUGCUUGAGUACCAGAUUAUUAUGGAUGAUGGUAACACAGUCUACAGGGGUGUGUCCAGUAUACAUGGUCUGGAAAGGCCAAACCCUAAAGACAAUUUGAUAUUCAAGAUAAAAUGUGUAACCGAGGCAGGGGAAGUGCAGUCACCUAAAAUAGUGUUUGACCCAAGAUCAGCAAACAAUGUUGGAACAACACCUGCAGUUGUUGGAUCUAAAGACGGUCAAGCAGCAGAGCCAGAAUUCUAUGAAGAGGUGUGGUUUAUAGCGCUAAUGGUUGUCGUCGGAAUACUGCUACUGCUUAUACUACUAGCAUGUUGUAUUAGGAACUGUGGUAAAUCCAAUCCUUACAUCAGAGAGAGGCCGCCAUUACAAGGUCGUCAACAGAAACAACCUUUCAGCUUUAUUAUUGAUGCUAAUGAUGGCAGUUUGAUCGCUAUGGAAGAAACACCUAACAGCAGGGACAAGUCUGGGUACUAUUCCGGUGCUGUGGUCAAUGGUGUCACUAAUCCCUCUUAUGUCCAUGGUCAUGGAAACAAGAGACAACUCAGCAUUGAUAAAGGCUCUGAUUCCAUGUUCGGUGACGAUAUUACCGAGGAGGAUGACGAAGAUUAUUACUGGGACAGAAAUCCUGACAGUGGUCUUGUCAGUAGUUAUGACAGUGAGAGUAUAGAAGCACCCAGUUACAGUAUCACGAAGGAACAAACAGUGUUUACAGAUACACAUUUAUAGCAAUAUCACCAAGGAACAGUUUUUUACAAAUACACAUUUAUAGUGUUAUUACCAAGAAGCAAACAGUGUUUACAGAUACACAUUUAUAGCAAUAUCACCAAGGAACAAACAGUGUUUACAGAUACACAUUUAUAGAGGUAAUGCGAAGGAACAAAAAUAGUGUUUACAGAUUACACAUUUAUAGCAAUACCACCAAGGAACAAACAGUGUUUACAGAUACACAUUUAUAGUGGUAAUGCGAAGGAACAAAAAUAGUAUUUACAGAUUACACAUUUAUAGUGAUAUCACCAAGGAACAAACAGUGUUUACAGAUACACAUUUGUAGUGGUAAUGCGAAGGAACAAAAAUAGUGUUUACAGAUUACACAUUUAUAGUGAUAUCACCAAGGAACAAACAGUGUUUACAGAUACACAUUUAUAGCGAUAUCACCAAGGAACAAACAGUGUUUACAGAUACACAUUUAUAGUGAUAUCACCAAGGAGCAGUGUUUACAGAUACACAUUUAUAGCAAUAUUACCAAGGAACAAACAGUGUUUACAGACACACAUUUAUAGUGGUAAUGCGAAGGAACAAAAAUAGUGUCUAUAACAGUGUUUACAGAUACACAUUUAUAUUGAUAUCACCAAGGAACAAACAGUGUUUACAGAUACACAUUUAUAUUGAUAUCACCAAGGAACAGACAGGGUUUACAGAUACACAUUUAUAGUGAUAUCACCAAGGAACAGACAGGGUUUACAGAUACACAUUUAUAGUGAUAUCACCAAGGAACAAACAGUGUUUACAGAUACACAUUUAUAGUGAUAUCACCAAGGAACAAACAGUGUUUACAGAUACACAUUUAUAGUGAUAUCACCAAGGAGCAGUGUUUACAGAUACACAUUUAUAGCAAUAUUACCAAGGAACAAACAGUGUUUACAGAUACACAUUUAUAGUGGUAAUGCGAAGGAACAAAAAUAGUGUCUAUAACAGUGUUUACAGAUACACAUUUAUAUUGAUAUCACCAAGGAACAAACAGUGUUUACAGAUACACAUUUAUAUUGAUAUCACCAAGAAACAGACAGGGUUUACAGAUACACAUUUAUAGUGAUAUCACCAAGGAACAAACAGUGUUUACAGAUACCCACUUAUAGUAGAGUCACAAAGGAACAGCGUUUACAGACACACAUUUAUAACGAUGGAAAUCUGUUUUUCUACUUCAUUAAAGGGGCAUGCCUCUAGAUUUAUGUUUAAGUUAUCUACAUGUAGAAAGUUCUUUUCAUUUGUCAUAAAAUGUAAAUAAAAGUAAAAUUAAAGUGAUUCUAGCUAGACUUAAAUUAUAAAAACUUGUAUGUCAAAAACUUACUGUUUGCAAUAGUAGAUAUAUUUUUUACAUAUGAGACUUUAGAUGAAAAGUAGACAGAAAUUAACUAGUUGUCUACAUCAUGUAUUAAAAUGCUUAAUAAUAUUGAUGAUUUUGCUACUUUAUAAGCAUUGAUACCUACAUUUGUAAUUUAAAUUGUUUGAUAUUUUGAUGUAUAUGUGGAGGUAUGCCCCUUUUAAAACUACUCUGAGCAUAAACAGUAUUUCCAAAGAAUAUAGUUUACAUAUAGAUGCAAUACAUGGAUUGAAAUAUAAAUUCAAAACACAAAUGCUGUUAAACAGGAAAAUCUUUCAUGUAUGUAUGUGUACAUUUAAUCAAAUGACAUAAGAAUAUGCAAUUAUAAGUUUGGAAGAUACCAUUUAGAACAGUCAGUAAAUGAGACUACAGUAACUGAUGCAGACUUUAAACAAUGAAUCAGAUAGUUUUUUAAUAUCAGCAUGCUGCUUUUUUAUUACUUGCGUAAGGAUAUGCAAUUUUUCAAGUUUUUUUUAUGUAUCAAAUAAGUUCUUUUCAUUCCUGAAACAGUAAAAUGCUGGAAACAGAUGAACAAAAACUAGUUAUCCAGGGUUUAGGGUGAUCUAAAGGUAUAAAAUAUAAAGUAUAAGUCUGGGGACAGCAUGAUUUGUGAGCGUAUCCCAGUGGUUGAUCCAUUGACCGAGUGAGCUGCGUUUCUUUGUAUUUUAAUGUCUUGUGUGUUAACAUUUUGCAUUUCAUUUAUUUAUCAAGUUGCCAUUUGAUUGUUUAAAAGUUGUGUUUUUUACCUGUGUAAUGUGAUAUUGUUUAUUGUAUAUCUUUUAAACUAUUUAUGCAAUUCCUGCAGAUACACAUUUUGUUAAAGUCCUUGUUUAAAAACUUAACUGUGCAAUAUAAAGGUGUGUAUGUGCAAUAUCUUUGUGUAAAUAAGAUGAUUAGUUAGUGCAAUACAAAAUUUGAAAAUGAAUAUGUAUUAAUAUUAUGCCAUGUACAUGCAAAUAUAUUUGUGUUAAUAUGUUUUUCAUAUUUUGCCCGUUUGUGAGUAUUUUCAUGAGAGUUUAUAGAUAUGUUUGUUUUACACUGAACCACAUUUCAUUAUAUAUUAUUAUUAUUUGCAUUUGUAUUUAUUUCUCAUACACAAAUCACACAAAAAAUAAAUAUAUUUUCAGUAAUUUAAAA